UUCUUGUGCGUUCGGCAAAAAACUCCCUAUUGAGUUUUUGUUUUUGUUUUUUUCUUUCCCAAUGAUCGCCCAAACGGAAUAUUUUUUUGUUUUUGUCAGAGAGACUUACUUAUUUACAGGCUAGGUACUUAAGCUUCUCAUUUGUACCGUCACGACGAGUUGAGUUUUUGUAAACUGUAUUUUCUGGUUUUAAAAGUAUUUUCCGUUUCAAAAUUUUGUUUUCUGAAGAACUUGCCAACACUUGGUGUCACAUGUGAGCCUCCCACAUGUGUGCACUCUCCAUUCCAGCUCUGUGAUUGAACUCUGCUCUUAUUGACUAGGGGGCACUUGGGCAGGCAUGCUUCAUUCCUGGAGUUGACAGUCAUUUCAUUUCUGAAUAGACUAACUGAAUAAGCCCUCCCUUCUCUCACGGGCUUCAGUUGGCCUGCAGACAUAAUGAGGAGAUUGGCUUUUCGAGGCGCUGGUUGUGCUCUGAAGAAGUUGGAUUCCAUGGGUUCCAAGAGAAGAAGAGCCACCUCUCCUUCCAGCAGUGUCAGUGGAGACUUUGAUGACGGGCACCAUUCUGUGCCUACACCAGGCCCAAGCAGGAAAAGGAGAAGACUGUCCAAUCUUCCAACUGUAGAUCCUAUUGCUGUGUGCCAUGAACUCUAUAACACCAUCCGAGACUAUAAGGAUGAACAGGGCAGACUCCUCUGUGAGCUGUUCAUUAGGGCUCCAAAGCGGAGAAAUCAACCAGACUAUUAUGAAGUGGUUUCUCAGCCCAUUGACUUGAUGAAAAUCCAACAGAAACUUAAAAUGGAAGAGUAUGAUGAUGUUAAUCUACUGACUGCUGACUUCCAGCUGCUUUUUAACAAUGCAAAGGCCUACUAUAAGCCAGAUUCCCCUGAGUAUAAAGCUGCUUGUAAACUCUGGGAUUUGUACCUUCGAACAAGAAAUGAGUUUGUUCAGAAAGGAGAAGCAGACGAUGAAGAUGAUGACGAAGAUGGGCAAGACAAUCAAGGCACACUGGCUGACGGCUCUUCUCCAGGUUAUCUGAAGGAGAUCCUGGAGCAGCUUCUUGAAGCCAUAGUUGUAGCCACAAAUCCAUCAGGACGGCUCAUCAGUGAACUUUUUCAGAAACUGCCUUCCAAAGUGCAAUAUCCAGACUAUUAUGCAAUAAUUAAGGAACCUAUAGAUCUCAAGACCAUUGCUCAGAGGAUACAGAAUGGAAGCUACAAAAGUAUACACGCAAUGGCCAAAGAUAUAGAUCUUCUAGCAAAAAAUGCCAAAACAUACAAUGAGCCUGGGUCUCAAGUAUUCAAGGAUGCCAAUUCGAUUAAAAAAAUAUUUUAUAUGAAAAAGGCAGAAAUUGAACAUCAUGAAAUGACUAAAUCAAGUCUUCGAAUAAGGACUGCAUCAAAUUUGGCUGCAGCCAGGCUGACAGGUCCUUCGCACAAUAAAAGCAGCCUUGGUGAAGAAAGAAACCCCACUAGCAAGUAUUACCGUAAUAAAAGAGCAGUCCAAGGGGGUCGCUUGUCAGCAAUUACCAUGGCACUUCAGUAUGGAUCAGAGAGUGAAGAGGACGCUGCUUUAGCUGCUGCACGCUAUGAAGAAGGGGAAUCUGAAGCAGAGAGCAUCACUUCCUUCAUGGACGUUUCCAACCCCUUUCAUCAGCUUUACGACACAGUUAGGAGCUGUAGGAAUCACCAAGGGCAGCUCAUAGCUGAACCUUUCUUCCAUUUGCCUUCAAAGAAAAAAUACCCAGAUUAUUAUCAGCAAAUUAAAAUGCCCAUAUCACUUCAACAGAUCAGAACAAAGCUAAAGAACCAAGAAUAUGAAACUUUAGAUCAUUUGGAGUGUGAUCUGAAUUUAAUGUUUGAAAAUGCCAAACGUUAUAACGUUCCCAAUUCAGCCAUCUAUAAGCGAGUUCUAAAACUGCAGCAAGUCAUGCAGGCAAAGAAGAAGGAGCUUGCGAGGAGAGAUGACAUUGAGGACGGAGACAGCAUGAUCUCCUCAGCCACUUCUGACACUGGUAGUGCCAAAAGGAAAAGGAAUACUCAUGACAGUGAGAUGUUGGGUCUCAGGAGGCUAUCCAGUAAAAAGAACAUAAGAAAACAGCGAAUGAAAAUUUUAUUCAAUGUUGUUCUUGAAGCUCGAGAGCCAGGUUCAGGCAGAAGACUUUGCGAUCUAUUUAUGGUUAAGCCAUCCAAGAAGGACUAUCCUGAUUAUUAUAAAAUCAUCUUAGAGCCAAUGGACCUGAAAAUAAUUGAGCAUAACAUCCGAAAUGACAAAUAUGCAGGUGAAGAAGGAAUGAUGGAAGACAUGAAACUCAUGUUCCGCAAUGCCAGGCACUACAAUGAGGAGGGCUCCCAGGUAUACAAUGAUGCCCAUAUCCUGGAGAAGUUACUCAAAGAUAAAAGGAAAGAGCUGGGCCCUCUGCCUGAUGAUGAUGACAUGGCUUCUCCCAAACUUAAAUUGAGUAGGAAGAGUGGUGUUUCUCCUAAGAAAUCAAAGUACAUGACUCCAAUGCAGCAGAAACUGAAUGAAGUGUAUGAAGCUGUAAAGAACUAUACUGAUAAGAGGGGUCGCCGCCUUAGUGCUAUAUUUCUAAGACUCCCCUCUAGAUCAGAGCUGCCUGACUACUACCUGACCAUUAAAAAGCCCAUGGACAUGGAAAAAAUUCGAAGUCACAUGAUGGCAAACAAGUACCAAGACAUAGAUUCUAUGGUAGAGGACUUUGUCAUGAUGUUUAAUAAUGCCUGUACCUACAAUGAACCAGAGUCUUUGAUCUACAAAGAUGCCCUUGUACUGCAUAAAGUCCUCCUUGAGACUCGGAGAGACCUGGAGGGAGAUGAGGAUUCUCAUGUCCCUAAUGUGACGUUGCUGAUUCAAGAGCUCAUCCAUAACCUUUUUGUGUCAGUCAUGAGUCAUCAGGAUGACGAAGGGAGGUGUUACAGCGACUCCUUAGCAGAAAUUCCUGCUGUGGAUCCCAACUCUCCCAAUAAACCUCCCCUUACAUUUGACAUUAUCAGGAAAAAUGUUGAAAGUAAUCGGUAUCGGCGACUUGAUUUAUUUCAGGAGCAUAUGUUUGAAGUAUUGGAACGGGCAAGAAGGAUGAACCGGACAGAUUCCGAAAUAUAUGAGGAUGCUGUAGAACUUCAGCAGUUUUUUAUUAGAAUUCGUGAUGAACUCUGCAAAAAUGGAGAGAUCCUUCUUUCUCCAGCACUCAGCUAUACCACAAAACACUUGCAUAACGAUGUGGAAAAAGAAAAAAAGGAAAAAUUGCCUAAAGAAAUAGAGGAAGAUAAACUAAAACGCGAAGAAGAAAAAAGAGAAGCUGAAAAAAGUGAAGAUUCCUCAGGUACUACAGGCCUCUCAGGCUUACAUCGUACAUACAGCCAGGACUGCAGCUUUAAGAACAGCAUGUAUCAUGUCGGAGAUUAUGUCUAUGUUGAACCUGCGGAGGCCAAUCUACAACCACAUAUAGUGUGUAUUGAGAGACUGUGGGAGGAUUCAGCUGGUGAAAAAUGGUUGUACGGCUGUUGGUUUUAUCGGCCAAAUGAAACAUUCCAUUUGGCUACACGAAAAUUUCUAGAAAAAGAAGUUUUUAAGAGUGACUACUACAAUAAAGUACCUGUUAGUAAAAUUCUAGGCAAAUGUGUAGUCAUGUUUGUCAAGGAAUACUUUAAAUUAUGUCCAGAAAACUUUCGCGAUGAGGAUGUUUUUGUCUGUGAAUCGAGGUAUUCUGCCAAAACCAAAUCUUUUAAGAAAAUUAAACUGUGGACCAUGCCCAUCAGUUCAGUUAGAUUUGUCCCUCGGGAUGUGCCUUUGCCUGUGGUCCGAGUGGCCUCUGUGUUUGCAAAUGCAGAUAAAGGGGAUGAUGAGAAGAAUACAGACAACUCAGAUGACAAUAGAGCUGAAGACAAUUUUAACUUGGAAAAGGAAAAAGAAGAUGUUCCUGUGGAGAUGUCCAAUGGUGAGCCAGGUUGCCACUACUUUGAGCAGCUUCGGUACAAUGACAUGUGGCUGAAGGUUGGUGAUUGUGUCUUCAUCAAAUCCCACGGCUUGGUGCGCCCUCGUGUGGGCAGAAUUGAGAAAGUAUGGGUCCGAGAUGGAGCUGCAUAUUUUUAUGGCCCUAUCUUCAUUCAUCCAGAAGAAACAGAACAUGAGCCCACAAAAAUGUUCUACAAAAAAGAAGUGUUUCUGAGUAAUCUGGAAGAGACCUGCCCUAUGAGUUGUAUUCUGGGGAAAUGUGCAGUGCUGUCAUUCAAGGACUUCCUCUCCUGCAGGCCAACUGAAAUACCAGAAAAUGACAUUCUGCUUUGUGAGAGCCGCUAUAAUGAGAGUGACAAGCAGAUGAAGAAGUUCAAGGGUUUGAAGAGGUUUUCACUCUCUGCUAAAGUUGUAGAUGAUGAAAUCUACUACUUCAGAAAACCAAUCAUUCCUCAGAAGGAACCCUCACCUUUGUUAGAAAAGAAGAUACAAUUGCUAGAAGCUAAAUUUGCAGAGUUAGAAGGAGGAGAUGAUGAUAUUGAGGAGAUGGGAGAAGAGGAUAGUGAAGUCAUUGAAGCUCCAUCUCUACCUCAACUGCAGACACCCCUGGCCAAUGAGUUGGACCUCAUGCCCUAUACACCCCCACAGUCUACCCCAAAGUCUGCCAAAGGCAGUGCAAAGAAGGAAAGUUCUAAACGAAAAAUCAACAUGAGUGGCUACAUUUUGUUCAGCAGUGAAAUGAGAGCUGUGAUUAAAGCCCAGCACCCAGACUACUCUUUUGGGGAGCUCAGCAGACUGGUGGGGACAGAAUGGAGAAACCUUGAAACAGCCAAGAAAGCAGAAUAUGAAGAGCGGGCAGCUAAAGUUGCUGAGCAGCAGGAGAGAGAGCGAGCAGCACAGCAACAGCAGCCGAGUGCUUCUCCCCGAGCAGGCACCCCUGUGGGGGCUCUCAUGGGGGUGGUGCCACCACCAACACCAAUGGGGAUGCUCAAUCAGCAGUUGACACCUGUUGCAGGUGUGAUGAAUCAAGGAGUAGCCCCCAUGGUAGGGACUCCAGCACCAGGUGGAAGUCCGUAUGGACAACAGGUAGGAGUUUUGGGACCUCCAGGGCAGCAGGCACCACCUCCAUAUCCUGGUCCUCAUCCAGCUGGCCCCCCUGUCAUACAGCAGCCAACAACGCCCAUGUUUGUGGCUCCCCCACCAAAGACCCAAAGGCUUCUCCACUCAGAGGCCUACCUGAAAUACAUUGAAGGACUCAGUGCUGAAUCCAACAGCAUUAGCAAGUGGGACCAAACUUUGGCAGCUCGAAGACGGGAUGUCCAUUUGUCCAAAGAACAGGAGAGCCGCCUACCUUCUCACUGGCUCAAAAGUAAAGGGGCACACACCACCAUGGCAGAUGCCCUCUGGCGCCUACGGGAUUUAAUGCUUCGAGACACUCUCAACAUCCGACAGGCAUACAACCUAGAAAAUGUUUAAUCACAUCACUGUUUCUUCUGUGGAAGCAAAGAGUUGUGGAGCGGUAGCCAUUUUAGUUACUGGGGUGGGAGGGAGGAACAAAGGAUGAUAAUUUUUAUUGCAUUUUAUUGUACAUCACACAGCCAUUUUUAUAUAAGGACACUUUUAAUAAGCUAUUUCAAAUUUGGUUUUGUUACAUUAAGUUGACUAUCAAAUACACAAAAGAUUUUUUUUGCAUAUGUUUCCUUUGUUUAAAACCAGUUUCAUAAUUGGUUAUAUAUAGUAAUAGUUUUAUCUUUACUUGUUAAAGGACUUAAAUCAUCAAAGGUUUUGGCUUGGCUUAGGGUUUUCGUUUUCUUUUUUAUAAAUAUAUAUUAUAUAUAUAUACACAUAUAAAAGAAAAAAUGAAAAAAAAGUUUACAAAUUUAAGUUGACAAUGAAAUGUGAAGUUGGUCCUAGUUUACAUCUUAGAGGAAUGUAUAUGUAUGUUUUACAUGCCUAAAUAUCUGCAGGUUUUCUUACAGGUAAAGCGAAGUGCUUUGAAAAGUUUAGAUUAUACAUGUGUGACAGAUGCGGCAUAUUUGCUCUAUUAACACAGAGGCUUACUAUAGAAAUCUAAAGUCAAUGCUGUACAUCCAUCCAGUUAGUGUAACUGAAGGGAAAUGUAACUUUGUGCUGAGUUAGACAUCUGUAUUGUCAGUGAUUCUUGUAGAAUAUGUGCUCAGAUCUGAGUUAUAUUUAGUUUUGGAAGGUAAGUUGAAGAGUACUUUUGAUCAGUUUAUGAUUCAGUUUAUGAUUUUAGUUUUUGCCUUCAUGUUAUACAUUUAUGAUUUGAAACUGUACAUCUGUUACCUUGAAAAACAUUGAAGAAAGUACUGAAGUGUGCAUGGAGGUGGUUUAAGCAUAAUACUUAACCCAAGAAAGAGUGUAAGUGGACACAAGCUGUGCCUGCACAUAGCUGUGCAGGGUAGACUGCCUACAUACACAUGGCCGGGAUUCUUUAUUUCCUUGUUAUCAAUUAUAGUGCUUUGUUUGUUUCAGGGUUGGAAUUCUCAACCAGAAAUAAUACUUUCUAAAAUAUUUUAAAAUUCAGCUUGUGCUUUGGAUUAUAGAAGGAAAUUAUACUUUAAGAAAAUGUUCACAAAAAAAAAAAAAAAAAAAGGACUAUUACAGAUCCCAAUACUUGGAUUUGGUGACCUUGUCUUUCUUUCUUUUCUUGAGACAUGGUCCUACUACCAACCCUGGCUGGACUGGAGCUCAGUGUAUAGACCAGGCUAGUCUCAAACUCUGCCUCUUCCUCCCAAGUGCUGGGAUUAAGGGCAGGUACCAUAGUGCUCAGCAACCACAACCCUGUCUUUCCAACACGGCCCUAGCGUAAGCACUGAGGCAGUGUGCAGUGCUCAGGCAGCAGCAAACAUUUCCCGGGGGUGGUUUUGAACCUGCUUGGGUGGUUGUGUGGUGCUGACGCUGCCACUGCCCUGUUGUUCAUUGAGAAUGAUUGUUAAAUGACACUCUUCCUUUAGAAUAUAACGGAUCAGUACUCAUGUUUAAUUGCCAUGCUUAAUAAAUCAUGAGAACAAAAGAGUAUAGAAUGGAAAGCAUUCCCUGGUAGCUACUUUAAAUACAGGAGCCCUGUAACUUAAUACCAGUAGUCAACCACUGGAUCUCAGUUUUCAUCAAGUAUUUUAAAUAAAUAAUCUUAAAUUUUAAAAUACGUACUGCAGAGUAUGCCAGUAUCUUAUUGUUAAAACUGAAUCAAAUAAAUCUUCGAUUCCUGGUUAUUUGGACCAUUGACUCAUCAUGGACUAUAUAAUGUAAUAAGAUUCUUUUCUCUUAAGGUAUCCUUGAAUUACACCAAAGAACCAGAAACUUAAUUUUGGUUAAAUUAUUUAUUUAUUUCAUGCAUUAAUUUUCUUUUUCUUUUUAAAGGUUUAGAUGAGGCUCCUUAGGGAGUCUCUAAAACCGCUUCACUAUCAGCAACCAGGAGUACUAGAAGCCAGAGCACUCUUCCUCCUGGCUCCUCCCCAGUGCUCUAGUGCUGUAGGAACCAAGAGCCAGCCCCAGGUUCCCCGAGGCAGUAAAAAUCCAGCACAGGGGGCUGUGUCCCUAAGGCAAGCCCUGAUUACCUUUAAAAAAAACCAAAAAAACAAACAAAAAAAAAAAACCUAAUUAACUAAAGCAUUUAAGGCACUAUUUAUUUUAGAAUCAUGCUUUUGAAGAGCAUCAGUGAUUACUUAGGGUGUAAUAUGUAAAGAUCAGACAUCUCCAAAAACAGAAAAAGUACAAGUAAACAACACACUUUCUCAUGACUUUUAAGAACUGUAGUAAUGUGGCUUAGGAAAUAUAAUGGCCUAAUUGUUUUCAAAAUGUAAGUUCCUGUGAAGAAUUUUGUUUAUAUUGGGUUGGGGACCUAUAGGUUUAAAAUAGAAUGUCAGUCAGCUGACUUAAAAAACAUUGGUUUUACUAAGUCUGCCUUCCCCUUCUAAGGAAGAACUGAGUGGGUAAGGGACAGGUGUGUAAAAUCUCCAAAUGGAUGUUACAGCUUUCAGCUUGAACGUUUGUUUCCAGACCUGAUUAAAAUUUGGUUUAUUCUAAUUUCUGUACUAUAUCAUCUGAGGUUUUAAGUGGUAACUGGUUCUAUACCAUGUAUGUAUCAUAUGUUUGUUCAUCAAAGCUUUUUAAUCCAAAUAAAAACAACAGUUUGCAAAGUGA